AUGCAAGUGGAAAGUUGUGCAACUGGUUGGCAACGUCCACUUUGUGAUGAAUGUAUCAAAUAUCCAGGAUGUGAACAUGGAACAUGUAAUGAUGCACCAUUUACAUGCCGUUGUUUACCUAAUUGGGGUGGAUCAUUUUGUGAUCAAGAUUUGGAUUAUUGUGGACAACAUCAACCAUGUUUAAAUAAUGGAAUAUGUAGAAAAUUGAAUUAUUCAUAUUCAAAACCAUUCAAUUGUAGUUGUACACGUGAUUUUACCGGGGAAUAUUGUGAAAUAAAAUUGGUACCAUGUACAAUUGAUCCAUGUAAACGUGGUCGUUGUAUAUCAACAGAUAACAUCACUUAUGAAUGUGAAUGUCAACCAGGAUGGCGUGGUGAUCAUUGUGAAGAGAGCACUGAUCAAUUGGAUAAUUAUUGGCAUAGAGUUGUACUUGGUAUAAUUGAAAUUCAAGUUGAUACAGUAGUUGUAAAUGAAAAUGAUUUUGGUUCACGUUUAUUGGUCCCUUUAAUAUGUGCUACAAUCUUAAUGAGUGCAUUAAUCUGUAUCUUCAUUAUAUGUUGUUAUUCACAAAGAAAACGUCGUCAAUUCCUUAUGAAAUAUGCAACAACAACAAGAAUAGCGCCUAAUAAUGAACCAUCAUCAGAUUUAAUUCAAAAUUUAUCAGACAGUAAUAAUCAUUCAAUGAAUGUAACUAAUCCAAUUAAUAUAACAUCGAUUCAUCAAAAUUACCCUUCAUAUCAUCCACAAUUCAUAUGUGUAUCAACAUUACUGUCGAAAAGAAGAUAA